AUGACCCCUCAUAACCCAUUAGCCCUACAAAUAGCCACCGGCUGGGCCAGAAAAAGAUAUGGCAACAGACUAUCCACGGAAACCCUGCAUUCAAUUCAAGAACUUUUACAACCACCCCAGACAAUCACUACAGCCCCACAACCAGACCACCAGCAGCAGCAGACUACAAUCAACAAUCUACCCACUAUCCCAGAAGAACACUAUCCUCCCCUGCCCAAACCUGCAGCCCCAAAUACACUGUCCCUUUACCUAGGCCCCCGCAAGUCACUCAUCGAGGAAAUAAAACCAUCCCAUUCCCCACGCACACCGACGCAAGAAGCAGAACCCCAUCAAACCUCCACUGGCACCCAGACUACACCCCAACAGACCACUAACCCCAAGACCACCGCUGUCCCCUCACCCUACCCGAUCUACAAGAAAUCCACCUCCACCACGCCACUCAACCCCCAACCCAGAAGAGGACCAAUCCGACCCCCACCACCAGUCAAGAAACAUCCUGAAAAGACAAUAAAACAACCCGCUGACCCAACAUCGGACCCAACCACAUCCACCCCAAAAGAACACAGGACCCGCAAAGUCACCUGGGGACCCCUACCGACCAAAGAAGAACAGCAACCACCCACUCCCCGCACACCUCUCUCCCCUAUCCUACCCCUCACCCCCCCAGCCACCAAGUUCUUCAAGCCCACAAACAUCAUCGAAGCAACAGCCCAAGUCCACGGUUCCCCCCGCCAACCCCAAAACCCGGAAGAGUUACAAACUCUCACCCUCAGUACCCAUUCCAAUGUUUCGGUUCACAUCACUGACUCCAUUCUCACCUCCUCUCCCCAUACAGAUGGUGCAGCCGCCCGGGUGGGUCCAACAGGACAGACAGCAACCCAAGCAGAAAAAAGACCUAUUCCGGUUAGAGAAUCGGCUAACAUGAUGAAAGGGUCGAAUAAGGUUACCCAUAACCUCAACACAACCCACUCUGAGCCCUCUCCUACAAACUCUGCGAGGGUUGCACUGUCCGACAUGGGCCCCCCGAGGGCUGCCCCAUCCCCACCCCCACACACCCCCAAGAAUCCCCUCAUCAUGGACCACCCCUCUCCACCCCAACAGCCUUCACCUCCUGCAUCUACUUCAUCGCCCCUGCAACCCCCCAUUUCUCACUCCUGCACCCCCAACUCCCCCUCCUAUCCCCUAUCCACCUCUCCCUACUCUCCCCCUCUCCAUCACUCUCCCCCACCCCUCUCAACACACCUCUGCCCCGAAAUGGACCUGGACAUCUCAGAUUCAUCCCAAGAAGACCCCCCAACACCAGCCGACCAUAACUCCACACAACCUUCAGAAAUAACCCCAGCCUGCCUCCCCCAACCCCCCACGGAAGAAUCAAGAACCCCCAUCAUCGCUCCAUCUUGCUCCCCUUCCACAACUUCAACCAUAACAUCCUCAGGACAGAACUUUUUCAGACCCACUUACCAUAUUGCACGCCCCAGCCGGAAGAUCCAGGACUGGUUUUUCAGGCCUCGAAAACCAGUCCUGGUUCUUGGAGAUUCUAACGUAAAUCGCAUCCCACCCCAUAACCACCCACAAGUACAAUUGGACAGCUACCCUGGAGCCAACACCUACCAUUUCCUUAAGGUAUGUGAGAAAUCCAUUCCCAACCCUGAUGUCAAGAUAGUGGUCUUUUCCAUCGGGAUCAACAACAGGGACCAGGACCCCAGGCAGACCACCACCAAACAGUUCAAGACCCUCUUCCGCCAGGCAAGGUUGACCUUCCCCAACGCCGACAUCUACUACCCGAUCAUGAACUUCUCAUCCCAACUCACCCCCACCCAGAAAGCCCCCCACCCUUCCCUUUCACCCCAGGUCGGUGAGCUUGGGCCGUCGGUGAGUCCUCUCCCCUACCCGAAUCAGGGUCUGUAUCCCGUUCCCUACCCGUCACACCACCUCCACCCUUCCUCCACUCCUGAUCCCAAUCCCUUCCCCCACCCUAAACCUAACCCACACCCCACCCUAUACCCUAACCCCAAUCUCAACCCAUCCCCACCUCCUCACCCUAACCCACCCCUGUCCCCCCGCCCUAACCCCAACCUAACCUCUACCCCUUGCCCUAAUCCUAACCUACCCCCUACCCCUCACCCCCUCCCUAUCCCCUAUCCGAACCAGGAUCUGUAUCCUCCCCCCUACCCCAACCCCAAGGACAG